CGGACCGGAGUCAGUGUAGGGUCAGUCAGCUGGUGGCGUUAGUGUUGCUCUAGUGUGUGUAGUGGCAGACCUCGCUCCUCCAGGAUUCUCAAGUUCACGCGAAUAAGGAUGGAUUCCGUUGAGGGGAACAUAAAGUUGCUUCUUCAGGGGAAAGAUGUGGAAGAGUCACAGGAGUUCUGCGAUUUCACUCUUGAUAUGCAGAAUGAGGUGACAGCGGCAAAGGGCGUGGCACCGUCAACUCCAUCUGACUACACACCGACACUGCGGGACAAUGUGUGUUACAUCGUGGCGGCGGUGCUGGUCAACGACGAGGGUCAUGUCCUUAUGAUGCAGGAAGCUAAGAGCUCCUGUGCCGGCAAGUGGUACCUUCCUGCCGGGCGUAUGGAAGCUGGAGAGACAAUUGUGGAAGCUGCCAAGAGAGAAGUCUUAGAGGAGACAGGCCUUGAAACAGACAUCACAACCUUGUUAAUGGUGGAAUCUGCAUCAGGGUCAUGGUUCAGAUUUGUUGUUACUGGUACUGUGGUAGGUGGAACUCUCAAGACUCCUGCCUCUGCAGACAAGGAGUCAUUGCAGGCCAAGUGGGUUGAGGAUCUCUCAGAAUUAAGUCUGAGAGGCAACGACAUUUACCCACUGAUCCGACGGGCCAAGCAGUAUUGGGCCAAGGAAGAAGAGCCAUGGCAUCCUGCUCUCCAGCCUAUCAAUAAACCCCAUACAAGACUCCUUCUCAGACUGGUCAUUGCUAUCAGAAAGAAAGCUAACAACCGACUGUGUAUCCUGACCAGUGACAAAACAGCAACUCACCUCCCUGUAACAGAAAUAAACCCUGUGAGGUCCCUCCACUCUACUCUGAGGAAGUACAUGACUGAAAUUUUUGGUUCAGACCUGCCGCCUCACAGACCACAAGGUGUUAUGAAUGUAGAGCUAAAAACUAGUUCUCCAAGCGGUGACCACGAUGGAAUGUGUCUUACGCUACUUGUUCCAAUUCGUAAAGCACUAGAGGAUGUACCCCUCAUUGACAAAUAUUCGUGGGUUGAAGUACCCAAACCUCUCGGGGAGGAUCUGCUGAACCGCAUGGGCAAGAACAUGACUGUGCCUUUGAAUGUCAUACGAGUGUCUACACUUAUCAAUUGAGUUUGGUGCUGCUCUCCCCUCAUCACCAGUUGCUGACGAUCCCAAAGUCCGUUUGCGGUCAGUCCCCAAGUCUGCCUCUGAACCUUGUGGUUCCUCUCCUAUAUUUAUCUUAUUUCCUUACUGCCCCUCCUAUUUACCUUAUAUCAUGCAUCAUUAUCUAUUAUAGACUUAAUUCCAUGCACAGAUAUUCCAUAUCUCCUUCACCCCUUGUGUGUAUGUUCUUUACGAGUUAGUUUGGCACCCUUGACACCACCACAUGUGAUGUGAUCAAGUUUAACAUAAUGAAUGGUCUUAUGAAGUUUCUUUCAUAAAUGAAGUGGAGAGUUAAUGCAAUGGCUGCACUUCGUCACUGCUAUGCACCAUACUAGUUUAAUAUGUAAAUAGCUUAUUUUUUAUUAUAUAUUACAGCCCAAGCACCAGACACCUUUUUCUUUAUGUAGCCUUCCCAGGGAUAACAUCAGGAUGCUUUAAUGACUAUACA